AUGGUCUCAUUACAUCAAGUGGUAUAUUUUAUCUUUGUUGCCUCAGUUUCUAGCGAAUGUGUCACUAAGCUCUUCAAAGACACCUGCUUUCAAGGAGGAGACCUAAGUACUGUUUUCACACCAAGUGCCACAUACUGCCAACUGGUCUGCACCCACCACCCACGGUGUUUGCUCUUCACAUUCAUGGCUGAGUCAGCUUCAGAUGAUCCUACCAAAUGGUUUGCCUGCAUUCUGAAAGACAGUAUCACAGAAACACUGCCAAUGGUGAAUAUGACAGGAGCAAUUUCUGGAUUUUCCUUCAAGCAAUGCCCUCAUCAAUUAAGUGCUUGCAGCAAAGACGUGUAUGUGGACCUAGACAUGAAGGGCAUGAACUAUAACAGUUCUGUUGUGAAGGAUGCUCGGGAAUGCCAAGAGAGAUGCACAAGUGACGCCCAUUGCCACUUUUUCACAUACGCAACAGGGCGUUUUCCCAGUGUGGCGCAUCGGUGA